AUGAAGACGAUGAUGGAGAAGACGAUGAAGACGAUGAAGACGAGGAUGGAGAGGAUGAAGUGGAUAGUGAGGAUGGUGAGGAUGAGGACGAGCCAGAAUCCGAGAUAGAGUACAUGGAAAAUUACGAGAGCGAUGAAGAAACUGAGGAGCAGAUUAUCGUGGAGGAGUACCAGCGCGAUCCGUACGAGGCCGUGUUGAGGUGGACGACCGUUACUGGCAGGUUGAUGGCAGAUGGAACCAUGAUCGAGGGCGUCCAAGGGCUGACAAGAGCAAACGCCAAGUUGCUGCAACAGAAUGGCACCCAGGGUACACCUGUCCCACCCAAGGGACUGGCGUCGGUGGCCAAUAAGGUCAUGCACCUGAACUCUGCCAUGUCUUUGCUCAGGACUAAGAGUCCUAAGGCUGCGUCGACCGGUGAUGGACCGGGUACGAGUAUGUACGGUACGAACUCAGGCUUCAUGCCAGCACAGCCUUCGACGGGCAAGUUGAAAUCGCUCGUGUCGCUGAUGAAGGCCAAGAACGGGGCAGGUGAUGGAACACAGUCGAGGCCGGGGUUGGGACUUAAUGCGGUCGAAGAGUGAGAUGAAGUAGAUUUUUUAAAAAGAUGUUUGAUA